GAAAAGAUGGCUGCGCCCUUGAAACAAACAUGGACUGUAAAGAAUCAUCUACUUUUAAUGCAAAAACAUUUAAAACGUAUCGGACAGUUGUGUCAUGAGGUGCAGAAAAGUUCUUGGGGAAAUGAAGAAUCCGUUCGUAAUGUAAAAUUUGAUGUGGGAAAUAGACCAAUAGAAAUCAGUACUGGUCAAUUUGCUAGGUUUGCAGAUGGAUCAGCUGUUGCUAAGCAAGGUGAUACCACAGUUUUGGUUACUGCAGUCAGUAAAUCAAAAUCAACGCCAGCCUCUUUCCUACCAUUGACAGUAGAUUACAGACAAAAGGCUGCUUCAGCUGGUAGAAUACCAACAAACUUUCUGAGACGUGAACUAGGUGCUUCAGAUAAAGAAAUUCUUACAAGUAGACUUAUAGAUCGAUCUUUGAGACCACUAUUUCCUGCAGGAUUUAAUUAUGAAACACAGAUAAUAUGUAACUUAAUGGCAGUAGAUGGUGAUCAUGAUCCUGAAGUACUAAGUAUAAAUGCAGCCUCAGCAGCCUUAGUUCUGUCAGAUAUACCAUUUAAUGGACCAGUAGGUGCUGUACGUAUAGGAUAUGUUGACCAUGAAAUUGUUAUUAAUCCAACACGACGGGAACUACAGCAAAGUCCAUUGAAUCUUAUUGUAAGCGGUUGUAGUGACAAUAAAAUUGUAAUGAUGGAAGGACAUGCUGACAACUUCGGACAUGAUCUUUUUAAAGAAGCAAUAAAAACAGGUGUAAACGAAAUAAAUACCAUAAUAUUAAAGUUAAAAGAAUUGAGAGAGGCCUUAGGGAAACCAAAACGUGAUGUAGAAUAUAAAUUAGCACCACCUGAUGAAAUAUUUACUACAAUAGAAAGGUUAACAAAAACAGAAUUAACAGAAAUAUUGCAAGAUGCAUCACAUGAUAAGUUUUCCAGAGAUAAUGCAGUUAGAGAUCUAAAAUCUUCAACUAUAAAACAGUUAAUAGAACUUUUUCCAGAUAAAGAAAAAGACAAAGAAUUGUUGUUUGAAGCUUAUGAUUUGUAUGCAAAGAAAUUGUUUAGAAAACUUAUUUUACAAACAGAUAAAAGAUGUGACGGAAGAAGUCUAACACAGUUACGACCGAUCUCAUGUGACAUUAACAUGUUUUCACCAUUACAUGGGUCGGCUUUAUUUCAGAGAGGUCAGACUCAGGUUAUGUGUACAGUGACAUUAGAUUCUUUAGACUCAGCAGCAAAAGUGGAUACUAUGUCACAGAUAAUUGGUGGAAUUAAAGAAAAGAAUUUUAUGUUGCAUUAUGAGUUCCCUCCUUACGCCACUAAUGAGAUAUCCAAAGCCGGUCUCACAACUAGACGUGAACUGGGACAUGGUGCAUUAGCAGAGAAGGGUUUACGUUCUAUUAUUCCAGACAACUAUCCUUUUACAAUCAGACUUACAUCAGAAGUACUUGAAUCAAAUGGAUCUUCAUCCAUGGCUUCAAUAUGUGGAGGUAGCUUGGCAUUAAUGGAUGCAGGAGUACCUGUAAAGCAGGCAGCAGCUGGUGUAGCUUUAGGUCUUGUCUCCAGUGGAAACAUAGAUGAUAAUUUCAAGUAUAAAAUACUCACAGAUAUUCUGGGUAUAGAAGAUUACAUGGGGGAUAUGGAUUUUAAGAUAGCUGGAACAAGAACUGGAAUUACAGCUCUGCAGGCAGAUGUAAAAUUACCUGGAAUUCCAAUCAAUGUUGUCAUGGAAGCUAUAGAACAGUCAACAGAUGCUAAGAAUGAAAUAUUAACAAUAAUGGAUAAUAAGAUAUCAGAACCCAGAAAAGAGCAGAAGAAAUCCUUUCCAGUUAUAGAAACUUAUACAGUGUCUUUAGCCAAAAGAUCAAAGUUCAUAGGUGUUGGAGGAUUAAAUCUAAAGAAGCUUACAAGUGAAACAGGUGUAAGAGUUACAAGUAUUGAUGAAACUAACUUCCAACUUUUUGCUCACAACCAGCAGUCCAUGAAUGAGGCCAAAGAAUUGAUUGAACAGUUUCUGGUGGAAGAGAGAGCUCCUGAACUAGAGUAUGGUGCUAUUUAUACAGGGAAAAUAACAGAAAUAAGAAAUUAUGGCGUGAUGGUGCAAUUACAUCCCAAACUAGAGCCAAUGAUGUUACAUAAUAUGCAGUUAGACAUAAGAAAGAUUGAUCAUCCUUCAGCAUUAGGUUUAAAGGUGGGAGAUGAAAUACAAGUGAAAUAUUUUGCCCGUGAUCCACACAGUGGCCAAAUCAGACUUUCUCGCAAAAUAUUACAGUCACCAUUAGCAAAAGCAAGCUUUUUGAAUGCGAAAAACAGAUGAUAUUCACUGAGAAUUAGUAAAGGAAUUCAAGUCGAGGACCACAAAAGCCAUUACGACUCAAAAUAUUUAGAAUAAUCAAUGGUUGGUAACUUAGAAUAAAGUCAACCUUGGAGAAGCUGACGUUUUUCAGGACCAUUACAAGCUUGUGCCUCCAAUGACCACCAUAGAAUGCAGACAUUAUCAACAACACAUUUAUCACCAGGAAAACAAACAGUUAUUAGAUACAUACAUGUGUUAUCACACAGAGUGAGACAUUCUAGUCUAAUUUCAAGCUUUACAAAUUUGAAAUAAAUGUCUCUUCCACUUUCUUUCUCAUUGUAUAAAUAAUUACAACAACAAGACUAUGUCUUUGUUAUCUCAUCUUUAAAUGUCCUAUGGCAUUGAUAUAUGUUAUAAGUAAAUUGAAAUAUUUUACCUGAUUAUAUAAUUUAUUAUAAUGUCAGUGAACAUAAUUGGUUUUAUACAAGCACUACAUGUAGCUGCAUUCUAUAAUGAUACAAUGUGCAUGUAUUCAUUACUAUGAUUCUUGUUUUUCCAGACAAUACUGUAAUAUUUUUGCUACAAAAAUGUAUUGCAAUUAAGUUUUCAGAACUCAAUUUUGUUGUAGUUUAAUUAAAAAUAUAUUCUGACUAAAGAAGUAGGGAUCAUUUCUAUUAAUGAUCUCAGACUAAUCAACCUUCAUGAUUAAAAAUCAAAAGUUUUUAUGGGUCAGAUAAAUUUAAUUUGUAUAAAGGAUAAAGGUAAAGUAAUUAUAAUAAAACUUACGAUCCUUAAGGAUGUACUUAGAGGUGAAAUUAAAAAAAUCUAGAAUUUAAAAUUGAUACUAUAAGUCAGAAGAGCAUUAGUUAAGGAAAAAAAAACAAGCUAAAAAUAUUGAUAGGUUAUGAACCUCCUUUUCGAGAUAUUUUGAUUUUUAAAAAAUGGCAGGAAAAUGCUGACUCGGACUUUUGGUAUUAUUUGGGUCUCAAAUCAAAAGAAAAGAAAUCUAGAAUCUGCUUAAAUUUUGGUAAAUGACCUAUUAUGAGCUAUUAAAGUCAUAUUUGAAAAGAAAAAUGGGUGUUAUGGGGCAAAAUAUUUUACCCUGUAUCGUAGGUUAGAAACCAGGGAGUCCGAACAUUUGACAAAAAUUCCUAAACCUCACCUAAGUACAUCCUUAAACCAAUGGAAAUUAAGAAUUAUUUUUUCAUACAGUUUUAAAAGCUAUAUCAUUGCAUAGAUAUAAGUACAGGACCGUUUAACUGCCUUUCCUGGUGUUUUUGAGAAGGAUAUUCAUAAAACUGAACAUCUGUGAUAAGAUUUGUAAUAUUAUAUGAUUCAAUACCAUUUAUAAAAUCAUAAUUGAAUAGCAAA